UCCUCACACUCUUCCCAGCGUCGCACAAGUUACACAAGCGAGUCGCCAUUCAGCUGAAUCCCCGGGCCAGCCACGGACGCCGCCCCUCGACGCGCACCCGUCACUUGAUUGAACUUCUUGACCUGAACUCUCGAGCGAGAUGAAGCCGUGGGGGAACAAGGAAUUCUGGGGCGUGGGAUCCGAGUACGACCCCGACUGGCUUCUGACGGAGGCGCAGAAGAAGAUCCGAGAUGAUUUGAUGGAACUCUGCAGGACGAAGAUUCGGCCCCAUGCUAUUGAAUGCGACAGGACAUACACGUUCCCCCGCGCCUCACUGGACGCGAUGGGGGACCUGGGUCUCCUGGGCCUCGUGAUCCCGAAGGACUUGGGCGGGAUGGGUGAGACCCACACCUGCGGCGCCAUGGUCGUGGAGACGCUCGCUCGCUACGGCUGUCCCGCCACUGCCAUGAUCUAUACCAUGCAUCUGGGCGCCUGCACGACCCUGCUCUUCAGGUACCACAACAACCCCCACCUGAAGGCCCUCCUGAAGAGAAUCACCAAGGAAAAGCUCCUGGGGGCGCUCUCGGCCUCGGACCCUGCCACUGGAUCACACGACUGGUUCCCCCUGUCCUCGAAGGUGCGCCGCCUCAACGCCCGCACGGUCGAGCUCCUCAAGUACGGCUCUUGGUCCACGGGCGCCGGAUACGCUGACUUCUACACCCUCCUGACCGUCAGCCCGGACUUCAAGGACAACUAUGCGAAUCUGUCGUGCUUCCUGGUCUAUAAGGACGAGAUCCGGGCGUCGUCGGAUGAGUGGAGCGCCCUGGGGAUGCACGCCAACAUGUCGGGUCCGCUGCUGGUGGAGGGCAAGUUCGACAUCGAGAGGAUGAUCGGGCCGCCGGGAGAUGGCAGGAAGAACAUGGAAGAGUGCAUCGAUUCCAGCUUCCUCUUGCUGACGUCCUCCUGCUGGAACGGAAUCGCCCUCGGCUGCAUCGACGUCGCCAAGAAGAGCGUGACGAGGCGGGCGCACGCGGAUGUCGGGAUGAGAGUGUGCGACUAUCCAGUCAUACAGGACUACUUCGGCGAGUCCUUGAUCGACACCAACGGGUCUCGAAGCAUGGCCUUCCUGCUGGCGAAGUCCCUGGACGACGCGACCAACAACAACGACUGGGCACCCCACGCCGACCUCGACUACCUCCCCAGGUCCAAACUCCUGCCCUGGCUGUGGCAACUGAAAUUCGUGGCCGCCAAGAACGUGAGUGUUGUGGCGGACCGGAUGCUGUAUGCGUGUGGCGGCGAAGGCUACAAGACUGACCUCGGCUUAGAGCGCCUCAUCCGGGACGGCAAGGCGGGCUGGGUCAUGGCGCCGAGCAACGAGCUCCUGAAGAACCUGGUGGGGAUGUCCGCUCUCAAGGGCUUCAACGCCAUCGACCUGUGGGAGGAGAGUGCCAACGAACGCGUGCUGCAUCAGGAGGUCAAGAAAAUGACGCUGGAGCAGAAGGAGCGCGUCGGGCGCCGCCUGCUGGAGGAGGCGUCCCAGGAGCGACAGGGCGCCUCGGCCAACCACCCGUACCAGGACACGGACUUCCUCAACCCCUUCAACACUGCGCAGCCGAAGGCCCUCGCGCAGGACCUGAAAACCCCUGACGGAGUGGUGCACAGCGCCGCCCUUCGCCAAGACACCUGGACGCCCCUCGCCCUCUUCUCCCGCAAGGACGUCGGGAGCAAGACGAGCUCCUUCGUCUUCGCCCUCCCCAGGAGCACUGACCACACGGGAUGCUUCCCCGGACAGUUUCUUGCGGUGCGAGUGACCGUCGACGGCAAGCACCACCUGCGCUACUUCUCGCCUGUGUCUCGCCCCCAAGACUUCGGUCGCGUCGAGCUUGUCCUCAGGUUCGAGUCUCAGGGAAUCGUCUCGAACUUCUUCAAGGCACUUCAGCUGGGUGAGAAAGUGGAAUUCCAAGGCCCGUGCGGCGGCCUGGAGUACGAGCCGAAUCAGCUGGAGGCGCUGACGGUGCUGGCCUCGGGGGGAGGAGUCACCCCGGGGCUCCAGCUGCUCCGCUGCGUCGCCCAGGACCCCUCGGACAAAACUAAGGUCACGCUCCUGUACUACGUAGACUCCAUCCAGGACAUCCUUCACCGCGAGGAGCUGGACGACCUCGCUGCCAAGGGGGGAGAGAAGAUCAAGGUCGUGUACUCUCUGGGGGAGACGCCGGAGGGCUGGAGCGGCGAGGAGGGCUUCAUCGACUCGCAGAUGAUCGACAGGCACAUCGCCAAGCCCAACGGGAUCAAGCACAAGAUCGUUGUGUGCGGCGGCCCCACCAUGUCUGUUACCUGCGUGCAUGCUCUCAAGACCCUGGGACACUCAUCCGAGAAUAUCUACAUCUACGGCCAGUUCGGAGUCGAGCAAGUGAAAGCUGUUUACGGAAGAUAUGCCAAGCUCUCGUCCCACCGCUGUGACCAAGUCUAAGUUAGGACAGCUCUGUAAAGACACCAGUGAAUCCACCUCUACACAUCAGUGCUUUAAUUAGAUUAUGUUGGCCAGUUUUUUUUAUGAGUGUGUUUGUUAAAGAUGUAUAGUUCAUAACAAAUGUGGAUGUUAGAAUUAAUAAAGUAGGUGUGUGAAUGUGUGCAUGCGCGCGCGUGUGUGUGUAAGUGUGCAUGUGUGUGUGAAAGCCAGCUAGAUUUCCUUUUCUCGGAGACUAGCAGCCACAGUAUCCCUCCUUUAACUAAUCUUACCGAUAAGCAGACCUGUAACAACUGACUGGUUGAGUCACACAUCUGGUACUUUGCUGCGUAGCUAAAUACCAUGCAUGUCUUACUGAGUUGUUUGGUUUGAAGAAGGCUUGGUGUGGUAGAUAAGUAGAUAUACCCAUCUACCAGCUGAGGCAUCCGGUAAACACCUGUGAGGCAUCUGGUGGCAGCGCAAGGUUCUCACUCUUAAAGGGGAUUGGCAAGUGGCACUGGCUCCCCUCCCUUUUGCUCUGCGCCGUCCACAAAUCUAAUACCCGUUGGUCAUUUACAGAAAUUCCCAUUUUGCGCUCACCCCUAUGCCGUCUCUCGAUCUUCUACAAAGCUCUUCAUUUGCUCGUCCAGUCAUGGAUCCGAUGCUUAGAUUUCUGUUUCGUUUACACACGUUCCAGUGGUUUUAGUGCGGUUCUUGAUUCCCGAUUCCCACUGUUUUUUUGUGGCUAUACUAUUCUGUUUUUAUUUCCCUGGGCAACGGUUUCCCGACGGCUUUUGUUUAUUUAUAACACCCCCUGCACUCCAUCAGCUAAAGUUAUCUGCACUGUACAUGUGUUUCUUUGUGUGUGUGUGUGUGUGUGUGUGUGUGUGUGUGUGUGUGUGUGUGUGUGUGUGUGUGUGUGUGUGUGUGUGUGUGUGUGUGUGUGUGUGUGUGUGUGUGUGUGUGUGUGUGUGUGUGU